AUGUCGAUGUUACAACAAUUUAUGUAUAGUAGAACUAGUGUUAUAACAGAUUAUGCAUCUAGACUGGCAAUGAGAGGUGCUGGAAAGGCAGGCAGCUUUUAUAUACCAAAGCCUGCUUUCGGUCAGAAGCCAGCUCCACCUCCAUUCUUGCGCGAUCCUGUCAAUGGUUGGACGAGACUUACACAUAGAGUCGGUGCCAUUGGCAAGAAGCUGGGCAUGACUAGCAUUUGGGUCAACAGAGAGGCUAUCCCUGUCACUGUCAUUCAAUUGCCAAACAAUCAAGUAGUACAGGUUAAGCAUUUGGUUAAUGAUGGUGUGGACUCGGUACAGAUUGGAGCAGACGAGAUCAGAUUGAAGAAUGUAAAGGGAACACUGCGAGGCCAUUUUGCUAAAGCUGACGUGCCACCAAAGCGCAUAUUGAUGGAGUUCCCAGUGACACGCAACGCCUUUGUGCCCGUCGGCACACAGAUCACACCCAGACACUUUGUGCCCGGCCAGCUCGUGACGAUCAAGGGUGUCUCCACCGGAAAGGGUUUCCAGGGAGGUAUGAAGCGCUGGAACUUUAGAGGUCUGUCUGCGACGCACGGUGUGUCCGUGUCGCAUCGUUCGAUCGGUUCGACCGGUUGUCGCCAGACGCCCGGCCGUGUGUUCAAGGGCAAGAAGAUGCCCGGUCGUCUGGGAGGCGAGAGCUGCACGGUGUUCAACCUGCAGGUGAUUCAGAUCAACACGGAGCUCGGCUACAUCAUGGUCAAGGGUGCCGUGCCCGGCAAGAAGGGCGGCUACCUGAGGAUCAUCGAUUCGCGCUCCAACGUCUGGAAGAAGUCGCCACCCUUCCCCACGUACUUCAGACAGCCUGGCGAGCAGGACGUCGAGCUGACCAUCGCCACCACCACCUCCGUCGACAGAUAUACAGCCAUCGACGUUGUCAACAACCAGCUACCACCUCGCAUCCAACCAAGACUGAUUACACUGGAAGAUACUAAUGCGAGCGAGUCCACUGGACAACAGCAACAAUCAAACCAA